AUGGCAUCGAUGAUGCAGGCCCAGAAAGACCUACGGCGCACAAGCUCAAAGCUUGGGUCCUCAUCUCUUGGGAUGCAGGAAUACCAGCCUGUGCCUACAACCGUCAACGGAACAGAAGAGAAGAAGCAAAAGAAUGAUCUCGAGGGCUUCGCCACCAUAUUUGGCGACAACAAGAUCUUAACAAGUCUGCUAGUCUUCGUUCCGCUUGGGCUGGCGGCACAUCAGCUGCAGAUGGCUGACAAAUAUGUUUUCUCUUUCAACUUUGUGGCGAUCAUCCCGCUAGCAUGGCUCAUAGGAAAAGCCACAGAGGAUGUCGCAGCCAGGAUAGGUGAGACGGCUGGUGGCCUCUUGAAUGCUACCUUUGGCAAUGUGGUCGAGAUGCUGCUUUGUAUUGCUGGAAUUCGGAACAAUGAAAUAAGUGUUGUUCAGUGCACUCUGCUCGGGUCUAUCCUCAGCAAUUUGCUGCUGGUCAUGGGUUGUGCCUUCCUCUUCGGCGGGCUCUACUUUCCGAUCCAGCGGUACAAUCAGGCCGGAGCUGCCACUCAGUGCUCCUUGAUGGCCCUGAGUGUGUUCGCGAUUGGCCUGCCCACAAUUUAUGUUAACGUGCUGAAGCAGGAGUCUGAAUGGGAGCAUAUGGUGGAAGUUUCUCGUUGGGCUUCGGUCUGCCUCCUCGGAGUCUAUUUUGCGUAUUUGGUUUUUCAGCUGAAGACGCACGCUAAUCUCUUCCAGGACGAAGGCGGAGAAGACGAGGAGGAGGAAGAGCCAGACCUUAGCCCGGUGACAGCAGCAAUCUUGCUGUUGGUUUGCACCAUCGUUACAUCUUAUGCGACCGAUUCCCUCAUAGAAGCCAUCAAGGGUACCAUUGAUGAGUGGAAGGUGUCAAAAGAAUUCAUUGGAAUCAUCCUGCUGCCCAUUAUCGGCAAUGCUGCAGAGCACUACACAGCCAUCAAGGUGGCCAUGCAGAACAAGAUGGACUUGUCGCUUGGUGUAGCUGCGGGGUCAUCGUGCCAGAUGGCUCUUCUAGUAACGCCUUUCACCGUGUUAGUGGGCUGGUGCUAUGGCACGGAGAUGACACUGAAUUUCCAUGCGUUCCAACUUGCUGUUCUUCUGUUCUCUGUCUUCCUGGUCAACACGAUUCUUAACAACGGCCAAUCUAACUGGUUGGAGGGCUACAUAUUGCUGGUGACAUAUUUUGUGGUUUCCUUGAUCUACUUCUUCGAAGGUGCGGGAACAGAAGACUCCCUGGCCACGGUUGCCUGA